ACCGUGCACGCGCGUGGUACCCACGGUCGUGAAGAGGAGGAGGAUGUGGCGCGCGGAGGGGAAAUGGCUGCCGAAAACAAGCCGGAAGGACUGAAGAAAAUCCGUAAUCCGGAUCGAAUGUACAGAUCAGCUGUGUGCUAUGCCGGCCAUGCUCCUCCUAAGGGUGUCAAUGCUGACACAGAGAUGAACAAUGAACAUGGACAUUUGAAAAUAUACCUGCCCAAAAAGCUGCUUGAAUGUCUACCCAAAUGCUCCUCGUUGCCAAAGGAGAGGCACAGGUGGAACACCAAUGAGGAAAUCGCAGCUUACUUGAUAACAUUCGAAAAGCAUGAGGAAUGGUUAACGACGUCCCCUAAAACAAGGCCACAGAAUGGGUCGAUGAUACUCUACAACAGGAAGAAGGUAAAGUACAGAAAGGACGGCUACUGCUGGAAGAAGAGGAAAGAUGGCAAGACCACGCGGGAGGAUCACAUGAAGCUCAAAGUCCAGGGGGUGGAGUGUCUGUAUGGCUGCUACGUCCACUCCUCCAUCAUCCCCACCUUCCACCGCCGGUGCUACUGGCUGCUCCAGAACCCAGACAUCGUUCUGGUCCACUACCUGAAUGUUCCGGCCAUUGAGGACUGUGGGAAGCCCUGCGGGCCCAUCCUGUGCUCCAUCAACACAGACAAGAAGGAGUGGGCCAAGUGGACCAAGGAGGAGCUCAUCGCCCAGCUCAAGCCUAUGUUUCAUGGCAUCAAGUGGACUUGCAGCAAUGGGAGCAGCAGCUCAGGCUUCUCAGUGGAACAGCUGGUGCAGCAGAUACUGGACAGCCACCAGACCAAGCCAACGCCCCGGACCCACAACUGCCUCUGUACAGGAACCCUGGGUGCAGGCAGCAGCGUGCACCACAAGUGCAACAGUGCCAAGCACCGCAUCAUCUCGCCCAAAGUGGACGCGCGCUCGGGCGGCUACAGCAGCGCCCACUCGGAGCUCCAGAACAGCGACGUGUCCGAGGGCAAGACCGAGCACAGCCACGCGGGCAAGAGCUCCGCAGGGGGCACAGGAGGGGGCGCCCGCGAGAAGCGCAAUGGCAAAGUCCACAAGCCGGUGCUCCUGCACCAGAACAGCACGGAGGUGUCGUCCACCAACCAGGUGGAGGUUCCGGACACGACGCAGAACUCUCCGGUGUCCAUCAGCAGCGGCCUGAACAGCGAGCCGGACAUGGCCGACAGCCCCGUCGUGGCUGGGAUGGGUCACGUGGCGUCCGUCAUGGGGGGGCUCUCCCAGAGUGUUUUCAUGUCAGAGGUGACAGGCGAUCCCGUCUACAGCAUGUCCCCCACCACCGGGCCCAACGCCCACAUCAUGGGGCCCGACGCGUCUCACGGCAUGGUGCUGGGGGUGGCCUCCGACGGCCACAAGUUUGCCUUCCCGGGGGGAGCAGGGCCGGACGGGAGCGGAGGAGCGGGUGGUGGUUCAGACGGUCUCUCCAUGAUGUCGGGAGGUGGUGAUGAGCUGGUGCUCUCCAGCAGCCUCGAUUCGGCCAACAUCAAGAUCUCCGAGACCGCCAUGAACUUUGACCCGGACUGCUUCCUCAACAACCCCAAGCAGGGCCAGACGUACGGCGGCAGCGCCAUGAAGGUAAACGGGGGCUCGUCCGGGAGCGCUUCCUCAUCCUCCCGCGCCGGGAGCUCCAACGGCAGCCUCCAGCAUUCGCCCUCCAUGUCCGAUUCCAGCUACAUCUUCAACCCGGCGCUGGUGAAGAACAUCAAGAUGGAGGACACCUCCUUUGAGCAGCAGCUGGCCAAAGAGAGCGGCUACCAGGUAGGGGUGGUGGGGAGCUGUGGCGGUAAUGUGUCUUGCUCUUCGGGCAACUCGGCCCAAGGCUCCCUCACUCUCACCCCUGCCGGCUCUCUGAUGCCCUCUGGCGGAGGCCUGAGUCCCAGCACCACGCUGGAGCAGAUGGAUUUCAGUGCCAUCGACACCAAGCAGGAUUUCUCCUCCUCCGUGGCCACGUCUGUGGGCUACGUCCAGGCCAUGUCCAGCCACCACAUGGCCCACCAGAGCCGCUCACCCAGCUUCUUCCUGCAGGAGGCGCCCCAGACCAGCCAAGCCCAACAGGGUAGAUCCAACUCGGGGCAGAAAAGCCAUUUGAUGGAGCACAACUCCCAUGAUGGCUCCUACAUGGGCCUGCAGGUGGUGAAGACCGACUCCCCUGGCAGCAAUGGCCACCUCCACCACCACCAUCCCCACCAGAGUCAGCACAGAGCCAACUGCAACGGGGUCUCUCCUACUGAAGGCCCAGGCCAAGCCGGCUCCCUCCAGCUGCUGCAGUACCAGGGAGGCUUCCCAGUACUGGGGCCGGAGCACGAGGAGGUGGUGGGCCUUGAUCAGCAAGGCGGCGUGAACUCUGGCCAGGCCAGGGCUUCUGAGAAUGGGGGAGAUGGCCUACUCAAGGCUGGGGAUCACCUUCAGGCCUGUGGAGGAGGGGGCAAUGGAGAGGGUGGAGGUGCAACAGAGCACUACAUGCAGCAGAAUGCGGAGGGUGGAGGGGGAGGGGUGGAGGGUUUGAGGAAUGGCAACGCUGGCAACGCAAACGGCAACUCUUCCCAGCAGCAGCAGCAGCAGCAGCUGCAGCCUCUCCUCCAGGGAGCAGGCCUGGUCCAGGGGCUCUACAACACAGUUGCUGCCCACCAGGGCCUCAGUGGAGCAGGGGCAGGUGGAGGCACCUCUGGGAGCAUGGAGAUCAGCCUGGACCACUUCGACAUCUCCUUCGGGAACCAGUUCUCCGACCUCAUCAACGACUUCAUCUCUGUGGAUGGAGGAGCCACCGCAGUGGGGCCAGGAGGCGCCCUCUACACCCACCAGCUGGUGGGCCCACCCGGGUCGGACGGGCAGGCACCCUCAGGUGGGGGCCAGGCUCAGGGCCAAGAGGAUGGGGGUAACCGGGGCACCAGCUACAGCCCUUCGGAGCUCUGUCUCCAGCCCUGCUGCAGCCCACAGUCUCUGGGAGGUGGAGGAGCUGGAGGGGCAUCUGGGGAGACAGGCUCGCUGGCCUACAUGCAGGUGGCUGAAGUGGUAUCUGCUGCUGUGGCUCAAGGGGCCCUGGGGAUACUACAGGCCACAGGCAGGCUCUUUAUGGUCACAGACUACUCCCCUGAGUGGUCUUAUCCAGAGGGAGGGGUGAAGGUGCUCAUCACAGGCCCAUGGCAGGAGGCCAGUAGUAACUACAGCUGCCUGUUUGACCAGAUCUCUGUGCCGGCCUCCCUCAUCCAGCCUGGGGUUCUGCGCUGCUACUGCCCUGCACACGACACCGGCCUGGUGACCCUGCAGGUGGCUGCCAGUACCCAGAUCAUCUCCAACUCCGUGGUGUUCGAGUACAAGGCCCGGGCCCUGCCCUCACUGCCCUCCUCUCAGCACGACUGGCUCUCUCUGGACGAUAACCAGUUCAGAAUGUCCAUCCUGGAGCGUCUGGAGCAAAUGGAGCGCAGGAUGGCGGAGAUGGCCGGCCACCAGCAACAGGGCGGCGGAGGAGCGGGAGGCGCUGGAGCAGGAGGAGGUGCAUCAGCAGGAGGAGGAGGUGGUGGAGGAUCAGGAGGAGGUGGCGCUGGCGGAGGCUUCAGUGGGCAGUCCCAGUGUAUGUCUGCCCAGGGUCAGGCGGGGAGCUCCUUUGAGAGCCGCGUGGUGGUGGUGUGUGAGAAGAUGAUGAAUCGCGCCUGCUGGGCGAAGUCCAAGCACCUCAUCCACUCAAAGACCUUCCGGGGCAUGACCCUGCUGCACCUGGCCGCCGGGCAGGGCUACGCCACCCUCAUCCAGACCCUUAUCAAGUGGCGCACGAAGCAUGCUGACAGUAUUGAUCUGGAGCUGGAGGUCGACCCUCUCAAUGUAGACCACUUCUCCUGCACCCCACUGAUGUGGGCCUGUGCGCUGGGCCACCUGGAGGCCGCAGUGGUCCUGUACAAGUGGGACCGGCGGGCACUGGCCAUCCCCGACUCUCUGGGCCGCCUGCCCCUGUCCAUCGCCCGCUCUCGCGGCCACACCAAGCUGGCCGAGUGCCUGGAGCAGCUCCAGAGGGAGGAGCAGCAAACGCCCACCUCCCUGCCUCCCCCGCCACCGCCCAGCUCACGCCUGGGUUUCUCGUCCGCCCCCGACGCCCCCUCCUCUGACGGUGGCGGCUGGAUGGUCAACUGGGCCGGGGACGGAGUGAUGACCCACAGUGGACAGAGGAGCGGAGCGGUUACCACUACCACCAGUACAUCCAGCAACAUGACCCCCGACCUGAGGAGGCCCCGGUCAGAGCCCUCCAACUACUACAGCAGUGAGUGUCAGCGGGACCUGCCGCUGGCCAAGAAACACAAGCCCAACCCCGAGGGAGGGGCGCAGAUGCGACCCGACAAGGCCAUGUCUGUCCCCCUCAGUCUGGAGCAGCAGCAUCAGCUCCACAAGCUCUCCCCCAGCCCCAAGACCCUCUCCCCCCAGCCCCUCAGCCCAGACAAGAGCACCGAGGAUGGGGCAGGCGGCGGUGCUGGUGGUGGACCUGGAGGCCUGGUUCAGACCAAAAUGGGCUCGUUCCGGGGAGCAGGGACCAAGUGGAGCUCGCGGGAAGUGUACUCCAGCAGGAAGGGUGGAGGUGGCGGAGGUGGAGGUGGCAGCCUGGGGAAGGAGAAGCUGGCGGGGAGGCUUAGGCAGCGCGAGCCCCUGAGCAUGCUGAUGAUGACCGAGAGGGAGAUGGUGGACACGGAGCUGCUCAACUACCGGGAGGACCUGGAGAGCCAGGACUGCCUCACACACAUGGACGACCUGCAGGCGAACAUGAUGACCUUGGCCGAGCACAUCAUUGAAGCCACGCCCGAGCGCAUAAAGCAGGAGAACUUUGCGGCCGUGGACCCGGUGCCCCUGGACAGCGCCAGCGUCAACAACACCAUGAGCUGGCUCGCCAGUUACCUGGGCGAUGCCGAACACCUCCCCAGCAUCAUCCAUCUCCGAUCCCUGUACAGCGAGCCCCUGACCCCCUCGUCCAACCCCGGCCUGAGCCCUGGUGGGUCACCCCUGCACGAGGGGCCCCUGGAGAAGCCCGGCUUGCCCUCUCCGGCCGAGUGGAGCGAGUUCCUGAGCGCCUCCAACAGCAAGGUGGAGCGGGACCUGGCCCAGCUCACGCUGUCUGACCCCGAGCAGAGGGAGCUUUACGAGGCCGCCCGGCUGGUGCAGACCGCCUUCCACAAGUGCAAGGGCCGACCGCUACGGGAGCAACAGGAAGUAGCUGCUGCCGUUGUUCAGCGCUGUUACAGGAAGUAUAAACAGCUAACAUGGAUAGCUUUGAAGUAUGCACUUUAUAAGAAGAUGACGCAGGCCGCCAUCCUAAUCCAGAGUAAGUUCCGUAGCUACCACGAGCAGAAGAAGUUCCAGCAGAGCCGGCGGGCAGCCAUGCUGAUCCAGCAAUACUACCGCAGCUACAAGGAGUUUGGCCGCCACCGGCCCCACCGCCGCCCCCCCACCGCCGCCCUGGUGCAACACAAACUCAGAAGUAGUCUGCUCACCAAGAGGCAAGACCAGGCCGCUCGCAAGAUCAUGAGGUUCCUGCGCCGCUGUCGCCACAGCCCUUUGAUGGACCAUAGACUGUUCAAGCGGAGUGAAAGAAUUGAGAAAGGCCAGGGAACAUGAGACCCUGCGGAAGAGCCCCCUCACCAUGUGACGACAUCACUCUCCAGACUCCUCUUUUUUCUGUUUUUCCGUUUGAAUCAGAGACGUUUUACAACAGAAGAAAAAAAAAUGAAAACGAAAUGCUAAUUCACUGAGAACACUGCAACUAUUCCUACUAGGGUCCUGCUGAUCCUACUCCUGCGAGUACAUGUACAACAGCAUUUUUUCAUAUCUCCUCUAUCUUUCUUUAGGAGGGAAAAAGGCCACUUUUAUGAAUUAAAAAAAAAAACUCUGCAAAGGGGAGACUUAUUAAAGAAAGGACAUUCGCUUCAUGACAUUUUUUGCACUUUUUUCAUGGAUUAAUUUGUCCUUUUGGUUUCUGGAAGCAUGAAUAGUGGGAGAACGCAAGGAUGCUGGGGACAACCCCUGACAUCAUGAGGAUGACACAGAGGACAGAGAACACAAGAAACAAGCCGAGAGAAGCUAUGGAACCAACAAAGGGAACUUCGAGAGAGAGAGAGAGACCAGGCUCUAUGUGUAUUUUAUGUUUUUAUGUGACUUUUCGAUCCUAUCAUAGACAAAAAAAAAAGGAACCAAAAAUUGUUGGUAAUUCCUAACCCAUUUGUACACAUACCGAAGGAAACAAACAACACAGCCUGAAUCAGACAUCAUCCCCAUAAAGCAGAUAUCUACCCAGUCCUUUGUUAAGAAGGGUCACGACCUCACAUGAAUGUAGGAGAGGUGUGGGCAAAGUAAACACUAAUCUUAUUUUGCUAUGUCUUUUUUUGAUGAGAAUUGGUGGGGAAUCAAAUUUGUCGAAAGCGAUUAUUUUAACUGAUUAAAUAUUUAUUAUAGCUUGGGGGGGGGGGGGGUAUGCAAACUGUUGUUUGUCUUGUUUUCAGUUGUUCUCCUUUGGUCCGUUGCUUGAAUCAAUACCACGAUCGUCUUAAUUACAAGUCGAUAUCAGUGCUACUCUGCGACGUGUGUGUGUGUGUGAGCGUGCGUCGGUGCUUUGUUCGCUCAAAAUGAGUGAAGAGGGAAACGAACCCGCAAGGCACAAGGAAGCUGCAUGCGCUCAGGUCCGUGCUGUCCGUGGCAUGCUUGAAGUGUGGUCUUUGUCCUUAGUCUUUUUCUACAGAGUUUACUGUCGUGGGGCUCCUAUUCGCCAUGGAGUCAGUGCCCAACACCUCCCCCACAGCUCCUAGAGUUCGUCAUUAAAGUUCUUUAGGUGUCGACGUGAUGAACCAUGUGUUAUUUCUAAUUUCAAUUGGCCUUGUGUCAUUCAGUUUUAUCUCCUGACAGCAAACCAAUUGCACCAUUGUGUUUUAUUCAUUGGUUUAUUCAUUUUAAAGGUUUAUGUUUGAACUUCACGGACCAUUAAGGUUUUUGUGAAGUGAAAGAUCACAUACAUUGCCUUGAUGUCUUAGAGAUUCUCUGAGGGGUCCCUGAGCGAGUCCCUCAAUAGUGGUUAGACAAAUCCAUAUUUUUGACAAUUGAGCGGUUUGUGUACAUAUGGAAAGUUGCAGGUUCGCAAAGAAAAAAAAACAUUUAUCCGAAUGGGAUUGUAUUUUAGAAAUAUAUUAUUUUAUUCAUUAAAAUGGGGACAAAACAGGUACCGUAAGCAACAUAAACUGAAUAUUUGUAUAGUUUUCUUUGAAUGCCUAAGAAGUAUGGUUGUAUUGUUUGUACAUAGUGUAAAUAUCUGGGAUAAACUGAGACACAUGCAUGAAGACAUGAACAAAGGUACAAAAAUGGACUAAAAGCAUUAGUGGCUAUGCUCUGUAAAAUGAUUCAGACUAUUUCACUAUAAGAGUAUUUUAUUUUAUUUUGAAUGUUCUUGAGAAGAACAUUUUGCUAAAGCAUGACCUUAUUGCAAAAAUAAAAAAAAUAAUGAUGAAAAAAUACUGUAUUUAGAGUUAGGAGAAAAUCAGCAAAAUGAUCUUAAGGUUAUGUUUACAUUUUUUGUUCAUAUCCAUUUUAUUUUGGGGCUACCAAGAAUCUUUUGCCAAUGGUGCCAAGUAUUGUGAAUGCUAUAUUGCUUAACAACAGAAUUAUCAUUUCACAGUUCAUCUUUGCUUAACAGAUAAUCAAACAACAAAAACUAUUUGCAUAAACGUCAACACGUCACAAUUCAAGGACCGUCCACAGAAAGAGCUACACUCUUCACAAGGAGAGCAUUUUUUUUCUAAAGCAACUUUGAAGUCUUUCACAUAUCCCUUUUUUUAUCACCAGUGGCAACAUUCAAACUGCUUUGCUAUUGGCUAGCACUCACCAUCUGUAAGAGAAUGGAAAGAUGGCUCCUAUGAGAACUGUUCAAAUGGCUACCUUGUGUGACCCGGAAAGCGCCAGACCUUUUGGCUAAAUAGGCAAUUUUCUGUCUGAAUGGGAGUCUAUGUACGCACCAGCUGGCUAAGUGUUACGGUGUCACAAGGAAAAUGUUCUCACUAGUAGUUGUUUACUGCAUGCUGGUUUCAGAUGAUUAAGGACGCCGUCUAAAUGGUUUCCCCUGUCCAACAUACAAAGCGAACAGUGAAAUGAAACCCUAGGGGUAAUGACAGGAGUAUUCUGGUCCAAACGCUGAAGAGAGGUCUGAACAUACAUAGGUGCUAAUACAUGAAAAUAUGGCAUCACAGAGAAGCCAACUUUUAUUAUUGUUUUUUUCAACCAGUUUGUUUGUUUGUCAGCUGGCGAUGUGCCAAUCCUGUGAGUGUCACUUAGUGUUGCAACAGCUUUUGAAAAGGAGCACUGACGCUAUCUGAAUGCAAAGAUGCUGUUUGUGAGAAUGUCAUGGGAAAUGCCUACACUGAUGGUAUCCCGAUUGAGUUGUAUUUGUGUGGAAUGUAUGGCAAAGACUACCCUGUGUUCCAAAUUGUUCUUUGUAUUGUCAGUAUGUCAGUUUUGUCAUUAUGCGAUAAUUUUUUUGUGUAUUGAUUUGUAACAUGCAGAUGUAAGGAACUUUGUUUACUUUUUGUGUUCUAUUUGGGUUUAUGACUUUGUAUGUAUACAUUUGGUUUGGAGUGACUGAGUGGGAAGUGCCUAAUCAACCUGCAUCUCGACUGUGGCAAGCCUAGUUCAGUUAGCAUGCGUCCUAUACACAUACACACACACACACACACACUGGUGGUAGAUGGACUUUCAUAGUAGAGGUUGCAAACCUCGAUCCCUCCCAAAAUCUCCCACAAUCCUCAGUCCACUCUCACUGAUGGCAAAAAUCCUUUGUGUGUUUUAGGCUUCCCCUAUUUUCAUUGGCUUCAGGGUCUAUGCCAACUCUCUGGAAUGCCAACAGUUUGCCAGUGCUUUAGGACAUGAUGCCCAACUAGUGUCUCCAGCGGAAAAAAUACCCUCAACAGACAGAUCUCAUCAGUCCAUUAUUCUUGCCUUGCAUUCAUCUCUCCAGUAGAGGUUUAGGAUGUCAGCUAUCGCACUGCUGUGGCACCUUGAGAAGGUCUUAUUAUGCUUGCAUGGUACAUAGAAACCUGGGUGGCUGAAUUGCACACCCGAAGCAUGCUUAUUUUUGUAGAAUCGGUAGCCAGGUAGACUUGUUAAAGACGUGUUCUGUACAGAGGAGGACGGCGGUUUUUCGUGUCACAGAACUUUUUGUAAGAUGGAGGGCUUCUUCAGGGAGGGCAGAGGAGAAACCUAAAACAAGAAAACUAAAAAAAAUUACUAAAUUAAAUAUCAAAACACUUAGCACCCAACAGUAUUCACACGUACAUGGCCAGCAAGACUUUGUUUAAGUUUUUAUUUUUCAUUUUUUUUAUUUUGAAUUUAAUUAUUACGUACAUUGACUUGGAUUCAGUUGUCCCAGAUUCCUAGAGAAAGAUCCUCCACACUUCAGCAGGUCCAAGGAUUCUUACAGGCCACCUUAAGAGACACCGCUGCAUUCUUCCUGUGUGCAUCUCAGUGUGUAUGACAGCGGUAGUUUGGUCCUACCCAGUGGACAGACAGACAGACAAACAGACAAGGAGAAAACCUCACACUAGUCUCAUCGUAGCGUAGAGAGUCGCCAGCCUCCCUCUGGUAGUUUUUUUCCUACUCAGGGUGCCAAAAUGAGGAGUGGGAAGUGGAGCAGGACACAGGGGAGGAGCCUGUCACUGAGGACACCCUUAGCAGGAGAGUCAGAGUCACGUGGGCGGUCCCUCCUUCAAGCAGUGUUCCCCCGUUACUAAAUGAGCUUGCGUGUCUCCGGAGAAAACAACCGGGAGUGUGACACGUGAGAAGUCAUUUCGCUGUUCCCUUUUUUUAUUUUCUUUCCUCUCUGUUUUUCACUCCAGAGUGGGCUGACCUGCAGUAGAACUGAAGGACCAACACCCUCUCCUCCCAAAAUGAGGCUCACAAUAUGUCAAGCAUUGAGUGAUGUGUUUCGACCGCACAAAGGAAGCCAUUCACUCCUCUUAAUGUUGUAUCAGGCAGGUGAGGCUCCCUGAACUAUGACUGGGCUGUUAACUGAUGCUCCUUAUGAUAGCCAAUGAUAGUGGACUUAGAGCUUCGCCACAUAGUAUAUAGUCUUAGACGGAGAUGUCUCUUUGUCCGCUGUUCCCCUUAUUCUUGGGGAACAAACUUAUCUUAACCAUCAAGCAUCUACUGUCCAAUGAGAUAUGGAUACGCUACAGUUUCUCCUGUGUGUAUUCCACAGUAGUUUACCACUGCCAUGCAGUAGAUGAGUAGCUGUGUGAGAUUUUACUCUAAAAUGCUCCCUGGCUGAACACUGUCCCUGUGAUCCCACACAAACACGUUGUUUUGUAAUAACAUAUGGGUGAAUUUUCAUUUGAACACAUUUUGUGUCAGAAUCUACCUGGUUAUUGGCUUCAGGUUGGUCCUUGUGUGGUAUUGCAGGUCAGCUUACUGGUACCUACUGGAAGCUUACUUCCCAUCAUGCUCCACAGAGUUAGAGUGAAAGGCCGCCUUUCCUCCUCUUCGUCUUGUUACGCACCCGUGGUUCACACCCAUAGGCACACUGGAAACACAGGGCAGAGACAACGAAACAAAACACAGCACGCAACAUCUCACAAAGUUUUCCACUCAUGGACACAGAGCAAUAAACAUUAUUUUCUUAUGAAGUGGAGACCUGUAGACCCUUGCGGAAAACCAACCAAUUGGACACCCGUAGUUGACCUACUCUUAUGCAAAUGCAAGUAUUGCAGGAUUAGUACUCAGUAGUUUAUGGACAGCGAUUAUAUGACACCCUUUACCGAGCUGCACGUUUCAUCAUCUCCCAAAAAAAAAGGAAAAAAAAAAACAUGAAAAACACCAAGAAAAAAAGACUCAGCCCUGCUUUUGUACCAGGUAGUGGGGCCUCCAACACUUUGCAUGUAAGAUGACUAGUGUUAGAUCUUUUUUCCUCUCAUCUUGCUGUCUUUCCCCCUCUCUUUCUCCCCCCCUCUAUCUGCCUCUCCCUGUUAUGUAGCCCUCUGCCUUUUCCUCCCCUUCUUUGUUUCACUCUUCCUUUCUUUUCUUUUUUCUUUUUUUUCUUCUACUCCCUCCUCUCUGGUUUGUAAGUUUUAUUUUUGUAAUUGUGCAUGUUAAAGCGUCACUGAAACAAUGGAUAUGUUUAAAAAGAGAAAAAAAAGAAUUCAGCUGCUGAAGCCAUGCAAAACAUUUUGAAUUGCCCUUAAAAAUAUGAAAGAUGUUUUCUGAAUGCUUUAUAUUCUUUCUGCUGUAAAAUAAUAAAAAAUACAAAAAUGAAGAAAAAAAA